AUGGUAGAUUAUACUCCAAAGUGUCCAUACCAUGACAAGAAUAUUGUCAUGUUUCUGUGCAAAGGGUGUAAUACAUUGGUCUGUGCUUAUUGUGUUCCCAAACACCCUAAUUGUACCGAUUUUAGUUCCUAUUUACAUUCAGAUUCUGUCUUUGAUGAAAUCGGUAAUAUGCGAAUGGAAUUGGAAAAUAUUCACAAUAUCUAUCGUAAAAGCUAUCGAAAAUUGCAACACUUCAACUAUUUGGAUGGUUCUGUCAGAUCAUAUAUAGAGGAGCUUCAUAGUUUUCUUCAAACCGAGGAAAGGAAACUCUUAAAACCUAUAGAGGUGCAAAGGGAGAAAACGAAUAUCUUAUUGGAAAGUUGUUUAGAGAGAAUGAAAAUACUACAUAAAAUAAUCUAUUUCUCUGAACUUUCAAACAAUGGAUCAAGCAUGACAUUUCCAACUUCUUUUCAACCAUCAUCAAACAAUCACCAGUCAUUUGGUUCCUACACACCAAUCCAUGAAAGAUCGCUAACUAUGUCGGAAUCUACGGAUAUAUCCUUUCAUAAUAUGGUUUCUACUUUCGAUGACAGUGAUAGUGAACUAUCAGAAUCAGUCUCUACCCCACAAAUCGACCCACUACCGAGUCCAUUUUACGAACUAGAGAAAAAUAGCCAUCCAGAAGAAGAGACCAACAGUAAUGUCUAUUCAUUUAUUUCCAACAACAGUUCUGGUGUUUUCCGGGAUAACGAGAGAGAUGACUCGAACGACCCACUACUAGUAUUGAGCCUUCUCAAGAAAUAUAAUGACGAAUGUCAAAGCAAGUUAUUGAGUCCACCAUUCUAUUUCGACAUUUACUUUGUUGAAUUGGAGCAAUAUAAACAGAGUCUGAUGGAUAUGUAUGAAAUGGUGGAAUUGGAGACAACCCAGUAUAAAUCUGUCAUAGCAAACAGAUUAUUAGUAUGUUCCGAAGAGGGAAUAGAGUUUUUCGAUUUAAAUAUGCAUCAGUGGACUACAUACAAGAAUGUCGAUAUUAAUUUUGGUUGUGUGGCACCCUCUGUAUGUCAGGUGCGCGACGAUAUCUAUAUAUUCGGUGGAACGAUGGAUUCCAAUACCUACUAUAAAUUUCAUAUUCCAACGGAAGAGCUUUUCGACGUUGAGGUUCCCGAUCAGGCUAUAGGUCUGGGAACAGCAGCCGUCUUUGACAACAAUCGUUAUAUCUAUUUGAUUGGCGGACAAUAUCAACGAAAGUACCUCAGACGUAUCGACAGAAUGGAUAUUGAAACCGGUGAGUUCGAACAUGUAACCGAUAUGACCGAACAUCUUUACAAUACAAUCUGCUUUAUGAACGAUGGUUACAUUUACAUCGGAUGUGGCAGAGACACCUCUGGAGGUAGUGCUAAAAAUAUGUAUAGAUUCAACAUCGAGAGUCGCGUAGUAGAGAAACAUCUUUCCAAUCUGGAUUUCGAUGGUGUCGUUAUAGCAAAUUGUUACGAUGGCUAUGAAAACCUCUAUGUUUUGGAUAGACAUAGCAAUUUCUUCAAGGUGAAUAUUCACACUUUACACCGAGAAGCUCUAAAAUCACCACCUUUUGAAACGCAUGCAAAUGUCUAUCCAAUGAUCUACAUUGUUAACAAUAAGCACUUUGAAGAAGAGAUAAACAAUAAUAAUAAUAACAACGAAAACAACAACAACAACAACAACAACAAUAAUAAUAACAAUUAUAAUGAACAACACGAUGCAUUUAUUCAAAUCAAUAGACUACACACUAAAUCUGCAAAGAUCUACUUUUUCGUUGAUAAAGUUACUUAUUGUUAUUUGGUUAAUAAGAACAAAUGGUAUAUAUUAAAUACAAUUAAAGAGAGAAAAACUGCUUUUGCUGGUUUGUGUGCGAUAUUAGAAUAA